CCAAACCUUACCUUCCCUGUUAGUCGAUGCGAUAGAAGCGAUACCAAGAGGCCCUGAAAUACUUAUCGGCGCUAUCAAAGAAUAAAGGUCCAUUCAACAGAGGGAGUAUGGAUCCCGUUUGAGAGUCUCAAACCCUCUCUGUCCAGUGGCUGUGUGUGAGAGUGUAACUCCGUAGCCAUGGCAGCCUGUACACGUGGCUGUGCUCCUGCGGUGCGUCUCUGCCAGAAGCUUAACCGACUCAAGACGCUUGACGAUGACAUGAUGUCGACCUCCUUGAAGCGCUGCCUCUCCACUGUGGACCUGGCCAUGCUGGGGGUCGGAGGGAUGGUGGGCUCUGGGCUCUACGUCCUGACGGGCACAGUGGCCAAGGAUACGGCCGGCCCUGCCGUGGUCCUCUCCUUCCUCAUCGCGGGGUUCGCCUCCCUAUUGGCUGCCUUCUGCUACGCGGAGUUCGGAGCUCGCGUCCCCAAAACGGGCUCGGCCUACAUGUUCACCUACGUCUCUGUGGGAGAGAUCUGGGCCUUUCUUAUUGGCUGGAACGUGAUCCUGGAGUAUAUGAUUGGUGGCGCCGCAGUAGCCCGGGCGUGGAGCGGAUACCUGGACUCGAUGUUCAAUCACACCAUCCAGAACUUCACAGAAACGCACAUCUUGAGAUGGGAAGUGUCCUUCCUCGCACACUACCCUGACCUGCUGGCCGCAGGGAUCCUGGUGCUAGCCACCUUCUUCAUAUCCUUCGGAGUCCAAGUUUCCUCAUGGCUCAACCACAUCUUCUCCACUGUCAGUAUGGUGGUGAUAGUGUUCAUCCUCGUGUUUGGCUUUAUGCUGGCUGAACCGGCCAACUGGAGCCAGAAGGAGGGAGGCUUCGCCCCGUUUGGCGUGUCUGGGGUGAUGGCGGGCACCGCCACUUGUUUCUAUGCGUUUGUGGGCUUCGACGUGAUCGCGGCCUCCAGUGAGGAAGCUAGGAAUCCCCAGAAGGCCAUUCCCAUAGCAACGGCCAUCUCCUUAGGCAUGGCAGCCACUGCCUACAUCCUGGUUUCCACCGUGCUCACGCUUAUGGUGCCCUGGCACACCCUCGACCCCAACUCUGCCCUCUCCGACGCCUUUUUCCGCCGUGGGUACGCCUGGGCCGGUUACAUUGUGGCAAUUGGUUCAAUAUGUGCCAUGAACACAGUUCUCCUCAGCAACCUCUUCUCCCUCCCCAGGAUCGUGUAUGCCAUGGCAGAAGAUGGCCUCUUUUUCUCCUUCUUCUCCAGGGUCAACCCUCUAACCAAAGUCCCUGUCAACGCAAUCCUAGUGUCUGGUAUCCUCAUGGCCACUAUGGCACUGAUCUUUGACCUGGAAGCCCUGGUUCAGUUCCUGUCCAUCGGGACUCUGUUGGCUUACACAUUUGUCGCAGCCAGUAUUAUUGUGCUGCGCUUCCAGCCGGAGAAAACAAGCUCCAAGUCCAACUCCUCCACCUCCCCCAACCCCAACUCAGAGCCCUCUCCCGCUGCCUCGGAGUGCCAAAACAUCGCACCGGACAGCGGGGAACUGAAGGAGUACGAGUCCUUCUCCGACAAGCUCCAGCUGGUGGAGAUGCAGAAGACCCACGAGCGGCGUGGGCCAGGCCAGCUGAAGGGCCGAUGGGAGCCCUACCUGGGCAGGGUGCUGGGGGACUAUGAGCCAGGGGAGGUGGUGGCCUAUUCAGUGCUGGGGCUGAUGGUGAGCUCAUUGUGCCUAUCCUCUGUGGUCGUAUUUGGGAACAACCAGCUGAACCUGCCAGUCUGGGUCUUUGUCCUGCUACUGGUCGUGUUCUCCUCUGCGUACCUUCUCAGCCUUGCCCUCAUUUGGGCCCACGAACCUCAAUCGAACACCAAAACCUUCCAGGUUCCCCUGGUCCCGUUCGUCCCUGGCGCCAGCAUCCUUGUGAAUAUUUUCCUGAUGUUGAAGCUCAGCCCGCACACCUGGAUUCGCUUCGUCGUUUGGCUAGCUGCAGGUCUGUUGGUGUACUUUGGCUAUGGGAUCUGGCACAGCAAGGAGGGCUUGAGGGAACUGCAGCCCAAAGACAUGGCGGCCCGGUACGUGGUCCUGCCCAGCGGCAGCCUGGUGGAGACAGUGCAGUCUGUCCAGCCAGAGGGACAAGCAGACCCCCCGCGCCCCGCCCCGUCUCCAGGCUCCUCCUCCUCCGCCGACGAGCACUCGAAGAGAUGAUGUGGGAAAGGACAUUCUGGGAGCUGGUGGUCCGCUCCGGGAAUCCCACUCCUGGCACAUAAACGUGUAUACAGUCUGUUACUGUUUUCACAGCUCCCUUCCUGCUCCAAUCAUGUGACUGGCCUGAUUUCAUUCGUACUACGCCCCAAGGCUCUUUGUGUUUCUGUCGUUAGGCAUAUCACAGGAUGGAUCUCUCUCUUUAGCUCAUUCUCCCUCGCUCAUAUAUUAAAAUCUUUUGAAUAUGGGAACUUAGUGAGCUUUAUUGCUGUCCAACACUACAUAGCACAGUGAAGGUGGGAACCAAAGUUACGUUGCCCAGUCCUACAAAAUCAACCUUUACUCAUCCUACAUACAGUAGGUCCUUGUUUGCAACUUACCUCACAUCUUUGUUUCUUAUUGUGGCACAAAGUCCAUAGAGUUGGUCAUGUACAUAACGUGUUUUUUUCUUUUUCUGACGCAUGUUUCUGUCUAAUUCUAAGCUCUGGUACAUCUGAUUCUGAUACAUCAUUUAUCCAUGCACAGACAUGUUAGCAGAACCCUCUAUCUCUGUUUCUUCCUGUAUUCUCACACACUCACCCUUACCCUCCCUCCUAAAGCAUUUUUCAUGCCCGGGGAGAGACGAGGCUCAACCGGAGGGUCAUGUGGAUCCUCUUACAACCCCUCAGACCCCUUCUGUCUCCAGCUUGUUCCCACCAUGGAACCUCUGUACUUAGUUCCCAAAGUCUCUGAUGGCUGCUCACCUGAAAAACACACAUAUCCAAAUUUGGUUGUGCUAUGUUUGAUUCUUAUUAUUUAUUUGAUUAAUUGAAAUACUUAUGUAACUUUUUUUCGCCCUAUAAAUGUCAAUGCUGUUCACAGAGGUUUGCCUUGGAUAAACAAACUGCAGUGUUUAUUAGAAAAAGGGGUGAACGCAUCUUUAAGUUUUGACCUAACUGGUUGACCCCAAUCCCACCUGACUUCUCUUAUGACCCUGUUCUCUUUGGAAUUUUGUGAUUGUGUGAACAAAGAAAGACAGAACCCCCUUCCCUGCCGCUCUGCUAGUAUGGGAUUAGAUGGAUUAUAUAACCUUUCUUGAGUAAAAAGCACAUGGAUUGUUUGAGAUUAUUGUAUUCUCCGUUUCUAUAGAUAUUUGGCAGAACGUCUAGGAAUAGUUGCUGCAUUUUUUUUAAAGCCAGCACAAAUAUACUGCACAUAUUUUAACAGGGUGUUGUUGGUAGCCGUGGUUACAUAUGGUAUAGACAAACAGGGAUUAGUUGUUUUGUCAGACUAUGCUCGCAAUGGGAUGUGCAGUAAUCCCAGAUUUGCUGCAGUCCCUGCAGCUGCCUCACAGUUUGACCUAGAUUACACACAGGCACAUUGAAGAACACCACUCUCACUCACAGUGUUGGACUUUACUGUUCCAGAGAGCACUAUCAACCUCUAUUCCUCGCCUCUCUUGGCGCUGACACAUCAGAAGGCAUCCUAAAUAAUCCCUGUAUGAUGUCAUUACAUUCCCAAGAGCGUUGUUUUACUCAAUUUGCUGUACUUUGCCUGUUUGGUCACUGUAGGGGAUUGCAGUACAGUAUAGUUAUGACAGUGCUUUUACAACACUGCCUUGAUGUUAUCUGCCUAUAUAUAUGUAUAUCAGAAAUCAGAGAAUUUAUCAAUCUCGGGAUCUGAGUUUGGGAACCGUACAUAACCGUGAAGAAUAAGCAUGAGCCUUUACCUGCCAACGUUAACACCAACUCUCAGUAGCUCACUUUAGUGUUGUACCUCCAAAAGCCUAAUUAUUUAAUCUUAGAUUAUAUUUAUUUGUCAUUAUGUGUUCAUUUGUGUUGGCACUGUGUCUAUAUAUAACAGUAACCAAUGGCCUUAAAGAUGUUUUAAUCAAUAAUGAAUGAUUCCCAAAGCUUAAUCUAAAUGAUUUUACUUUUAUUGUAUAAAAAUAAAAAUAAUUGUCAUAUUCUUUUGCAAGAUAUCACAGUAAACAGUGAAACAUUCAGAUACAAAAUCUUUUAAAUAACGGAAUGUAGGUGGGUUCUUUGACGUUAUUAGCACCAAAAAAGAUUGUGGAUUUUUUUUUACAACUUUGCACUCUGUUUAAAAGCUGUUUACUACAUGCUCUUGUUGUUGGGUGUUCAUCGUUUGUCUUUUUUUCAGCGGGGUCAAGUGUUGUUGACACUGGUGCUUGAAGCAAGCUAUACAUAUUUUCACCUCAUUUCAGUCUGAAUUACUGUAUCUGUAAUGUGUGCCUGUAAGCACAGUGAGCUAGAUUUUCUUACCUUUGAGUCGUGUAUCAUUAAAGCACAUGUCUUUUCAUUGUAAAAGGUUCAAGGGGCACUUGUGUUAUUUAGUGAAAAAUAAAUGUUUUGAAGCAGU